UCCAACGUGCAAUUGGGUCACAACACGGGGAAAUUUUGAAAAUGAGAAACGAAUCCGGAUCCAACAGUGUUAUAGUGUCCGUUCAGCCGAGAAAAAAAAAAUCUGUAUCUCUCUCACCAGUCGUGGAAAGCCAAGUAAUCGACGCAGAAGGAAAGAAGAUGCGAGAUCUAUUCGGAUCGGCUCGGUGUUCUUUCUCCCCCCCCUCGAAUCCCGCAGGAAACGAUGGCCGCGGCCCUGGCAGCCGCAUUGUGGAAGGGAUCAAAUAGCGUUUGAAGAAAAUGAAGAUGGGGUUGGGCCUAAGGUUAGGUUUAUCACCCAAAGUCUCUGCAUCCCCCAAUGCUCUUUCUCCGGAGGAGACAAAUGAUGAUUCCUCUCCGAUUCGGUGGAGAAAGCCAAGUAAUCGACGCAGAAUAAGAAAAGAAGAUGUGAGAUCUAUUUGGAUUGGUUCGGCAUUCUUUCUCUCUCCGCUCGAAUCCCACAGGAAACGAUGGCGGCGGCCCUGGCAGCCGCAUUUUGGAAAGGAUGAGAUCGCGUUUGAGAAAAUCGAAGAUGGGGUUGGGCCUAGGGUUAUGUUUAUCACCCAAAGUAUCUGCAUCCCCCAAUGCUCUUUCUCCGAUGGAGACCAACGAUGAUGCCUCUCCGAUCCGGUGGAGAAAGGGCGAGCUAAUUCGCUGCGGCGCCUUUGGCCAUGUCUACAUGGGGAUGAAUCUAGAUUCUGGGUAGCUUCUCGCUGUAAAGCAGGUUUUGCUCGGGACUAGCAAUGCCUCCAAGGAGAAGGUCCAUGCUCAUAUAUGGGAAUUUGAAGAAGAGGUGAAGCUUCUCAAGAACCUAUCACAUCUGAAUAUUGUCGUUAUAAAAAUGUAUAUCAAGCAGCUAUGGCAUGGACUGGAAUAUCAUCAUAAGAAUGGAAUUAUUCACAGAGAUAUAAAUGGUGCAAAUUUUCUUGUUGAUAAUAAAGGAUGCAUCAAACUUGCAGAUUUUGGCGCAUCUAAACAAGUGACCAAGCUGGCAACAAUGACAGCAGUGAAGUCAAUGAAUGACACAUCUUAAUGAUGGCUCCAGAAGUAAUUCUUCAACAUGGCAUACCUUGAGGAUCUAGUAAAGGAUAGAUGAUGGAUAGACCUCCCCUCACGUACCGUCGUAGGGAGACGACGGACGACAGGCAAUGUAUGAAGGUAUUCUUGUAGACAUACCAUUUGCGACAUUCUUCCUCAACAAAUUGAAACAAAAGGUUGAAGAUCUCUUUAGUCGGACAAUUUUACCAUUUCAUCUCUUUUUCAUAGGUUGUUUGUCUUGAAAUAUGUUGGAAAUGAAGGUAUUCCUUCUUGUCUGCAUGCAAAAUUUUUAAGUAUUUUUUUAAUUUUCUUAACUACUCAUUUUUAAGAGUUGAAUGAACAUUUAAGCAAAUUAUCGCA